GAAGGUGAAUCACAUCAGUCAGCAACUACUCGUCUCAGAGUGAGGAGGACCACUAGCUUCACAACACCAUCAUGAGUCGAGGCGCACUGUUGCUGGUUUGCGUGGUGGCGUGCAUGGCGGUGCUUGGCUCAGGUGCGCCUUACGGCACCAAAGGCGGACGAGUGAAAGGCCACGGCUCCCACUUUUCAUCAUCCUCUAGUUCCUCCGACUCCUCUUCAAGCUCUGCCUCCUCCUCAUCAUCGUCAUCCUCCUCCUCCUCCUCCUCGUUUUCAUCCAGCUCCUCUGGCUCCUCCUCAGGCGACAGGCUACACACACAGUCUUCCCGUCAUGAGUCUGAUAAGGAAUCUGCGUCAUCUGAUUCUUCUUCCUCUUCAUCAUCUUCCUCCUCUUCCCAUGACACCUCAAGUGUUGUUUUCGGUGCAUCUGACAAUGCAGUUCACGGCAGUGCAUCAGGAAGCCACGGCGCGCACGGUUCAGUUUCCGGUUCCCACGGUGUUGGAGUAGGGGGAAGCCACGGUUCUAGCGCUGGCUUCGGUUCCACCAGCCACGGAUCAUCUGGUACUGGCUUCGGUUCCACCAGCCAAGGUUCAUCUGGUGCUGGAUUCGGUUCCACCAGCCACGGAUCAUCUGGUACUGGCUUCGGUUCCACCAGCCAAGGUUCAUCUGGUGCUGGAUUCGGUUCCACCAGCCACGGUUCAUCUGAUACAAGCUUCGGUUCCACCGGCCACGGAUCAUCUGGUACUGGCUUUGGUUCCACCAGCCACGGUUCAUCUGAUACAAGCUUCGGUUCCACCAGCCAUGGAUCAUCUGAUGCUGGAUUCGGUUCCACCAGCCACGGAUCAUCUGGUACUGGCUUCGGUUCCACCAGCCAAGGUUCAUCAGGUGCUGGAUUCGGUUCCACCAGCCACGGUUCAUCUGAUUCAAGCUUCGGUUCCACCAGCCACGGUUCAUCUGGGGCUGGCUUCGGUUCCACCAGCCACGGUUCAUCUGAUUCAAGCUUCGGUUCCGCCAGCCACGGUUCAUCUGAUACAAGCUUCGGUUCCACCAGCCACGGUUCAUCUGGUGCUGGCUUCGGUUCCACCAGCCACGGUUCAUCUGGUGCUGGUUUCGGUUCCACCGGCCAAGGUUCAUCUGAUUCAAGCUUCGGUUCCACAAGCCACGGUUCAUCUGAUUCAAGCUUUGGUUCCACCAGCCACGGAUCAUCUGGUGCUGGCUUCGGUUCCACCAGCCACGGUUCAUCUGAUUCAAGCUUUGGUUCCACCAGCCACGGUUCAUCUGAUUCAAGCUUUGGUUCCACCGGCCAAGGUUCAUCUGAUUCAAGCUUUGGUUCCACCAGCCACGGAUCAUCUGGUGCUGGCUUCGGUUCCACCAGCCACGGUUCAUCUGAUACUGGCUUCGGUUCCACCAGCCAUGGUUCAUCUGAUUCAAGCUUCGGUUCCACCAGCCACGGUUCAUCUGAUUCAAGCCUCGGUUCCACCAGCCACGGUUCAUCUGAUACUAGCUUCGGUUCCUCCGGCCAAGGUUCUGGUGUUGGCUUCGGCAGCGGUGUUGGCGCUGGUUCUGCUCCUUCACAGUUCUACGGUGUCCCCACCAAGGGCUAGAAAGAGCAGUAACAAAGCCUCGAGAGAAUAAGAAGCUUUGAUGUCCUUGUAUGCGUUUUUUCUUCUUCUCUUUUUUUAAUCUUUGUUGCCUUUAUAAAAUAAUAUUAAUAAAUAAUUGAAAAAUUA